AUGUCCGAGUUCUGGUUGAUAUCAGCCCCCGGCGAUAAGGAGAAUCUCCAAGCCCUGGAGAGGAUGAAUACCGUGACAUCCAAGUCCAACCUGUCCUACAACACGAAAUUCGUUAUUCCUGACUUCAAGGUGGGGACCUUGGAUUCCCUCGUGGGUCUCUCUGACGAGCUGGGGAAACUGGACUCCUUUGCUGAAAGUCUCAUAAAGAGAAUGGCUCAGAGUGUGCUGGAAGUCCUGGAAGACUCAAAGGGAAAAGUCCAGGAGAAUCUCCUGGCCAAUGGAGGUCUGAAGGAAAAAAUGAAAUGCUUAAAGAUGGACCUCACAUCCUUUGUGACUCACUUCGAAUGGGACAUGGCCAAGUACCCCGUGAAGCAGCCACUGGCGGGUGUGGUGGACACUCUGGCAAAGCAACUGGCGCAGAUUGAGACUGACCUGAAGUCCCGCACGGCUGCCUACAGCACCCUCAAGGCCACCCUGGAGAACCUGGAGAAGAAAUCCAUGGGGAACCUAUUCACUCGGACUCUGAGCGACAUCGUGAGCAAGGAAGACUUCGUGUUGGAUUCUGAGUACCUCAUCACACUGCUGGUCAUCGUCCCCAAACCAAGCUACAUGCAAUGGCAGAAAACCUAUGAAUCCCUCUCGGACAUGGUGGUCCCUCGGUCGACCAAGCUGAUUGCCGAGGACGGUGAGGGCGGCCUCUUCACCGUGACUCUGUUUCGGAAAGUGAUUGAUGAUUUCAAAAUCAAAGCGAAAGAAAACAAGUUCACUGUGCGUGAGUUCUACUAUGAUGAGAACGAGAUCAAAAGGGAGAGGGACGAGAUGACCCGGCUGCUGUCUGAUAAGAAGCAACAGUAUCAAACUUCCUGUGUUGCUCUUAAAAAGGGAUCCUCUACCUUCCCGGACCACAAGGUUAAGGUAACCCCGCUAGGGAACCCCGAUAGGCCAGCUGCGGGGCACAGCGACAGAGAGAGUGAGGGCGAGGGCGAGGGCCCCCUGCUGCGCUGGCUCAAGGUGAACUUCAGUGAGGCCUUCAUUGCCUGGAUCCACAUCAAAGCCCUGCGAGUGUUCGUGGAGUCUGUGCUCAGGUACGGGCUGCCCGUGAACUUCCAGGCAGUCCUCCUGCAGCCUCACAAGAAGUCGGCCACCAAGCGCCUUCGGGAGGUCCUCAACUCUGUCUUCAGACACCUGGACCAAGUCGCUGCUGCCAGUCUCCUGGAUGCCUCUGUGGAGAUCCCUGGCCUGCAGCUCAGUAACCAGGACUACUUCCCUUACGUCUACUUCCACAUCGACCUCGGCCUCCUUGACUAG